CAUGCGUAACUGUGUUGGAGUGGAAAAAGAGAACGCGCUGUAUCAGAGAGAAAGCGUCCAAGUUAACCGCUAUAUCUGCCCGAGGAUUCAUGUCAUCAGACCGACAGUACACAGCCCUCCUGUCGCUUAUGUGUUUUUUCUUCACGCUCUUUUCUUCAGAGGGAUGCGUCUCCAUGUUCACAUCACAUCACUGCUUUGACGCGUGUGAAUGCGCCUCAGGCAGACGCUGUUCCUCGUUUUUCUCACGUAGUGAAUAUUACCAAAACCAACGUGAACUUGGUUGCAACAUCACUGUACAGUCCAUCAGACCCGAUCCAAGGAUUAAACCUCAUUUGUCGGACAGGAUACUGGUGGGAGGAGCACUGACUAAUUACAUCUGAACCGCAAGGACAAAUUCACUGAAAAUGAAAGAAGGAAAAGGAUAACAUCAUGUGAUGUGUGGACAUGACAGAACCAAGGAGCAUGUGAAGAUGUCCCAGAAGGCAACUAAAACAUGGUGGCUUAGGCUUCUCCCGGUUCUCCUGUUCUUCAUCUCCUUCAUCACAUACUACUGUUCCUACGCCUUACUUCAGAGCUAUGGAGGCACCAGCAAGUCUCUGAACAGUAGCAAGUCGCUGUGUGGUGGCUGGCUAACCCAGAAGAAGUGGGAGAGCCUUAACUUUAACAUUAGUAGGCAGAAGGAGCUCUUUCUGAAACUGGAGGAUUUCUUCUGGCGAGAGCAUCUGUCAAAGCUAGUAUUACCAUAUGGCAUUAAGGGCAGUGAGCUGCUGCUACUGAAAGUUCUUGCUGUAACUGCAAAUUAUCAGGUGCCAGCCAGUAUUGAAAACCUUGAAUGCAGAACCUGUGUAGUCAUAGGCAAUGGAUUUGCCAUUAAAAACAGCUCCUUGGGAAGUAUCAUCAACAAAUAUGACGUAGUUAUUCGAUUGAAUGAUGCACCAGUGAGGGGCUAUGAGACGGACGUGGGAAACAAGACCACCAUGAGGUUCUUCUACCCUGAGUCGGCCUCCUACAACCCGGCCCUGCACAAUGAACCCGGGACACUUAUGGUCCUGGUGCCUUUCAAGCAGCAAGAUCUACGAUGGCUUAAAGAGAUCCUCUAUAAUGAGAAGAGGGUCAGAAAAGGCUUUUGGAAGCCUCCUCCCCAAAUCUGGUUGGGUGACGUUAGUAAAAUCAGAGUGCUGGACCCUCAUUUUUUGCACCAGACAGCAGAACGGCUGCUAAAGAUCCCGCUGUACCCUAAGAAUAAACAGGUUCCAGUGCACCCCACCACAGGUAUCCUAGCUGUGUUUGUUGCUCUAAACUACUGUGAUGUCGUCCACAUUGCUGGUUUUGGAUAUCCCAAUUCAAAGAACCAAAAAAUCCCUAUACAUUACUAUGGAAUUGACACCAUGAAAUCUAUGAAGAAUUCUUACCAUGACCUCAAUCAUGAAGCUGAAGCCUUAAAAAGACUGGAGGAUGCCGGGGCAAUCUUGUAUCUUCAUCCACAUUUAUGAUACACACACACGUGCAUUCACAAACACUUUUCUUGUUGAUCCAGUUGACUUCAUCCAAAAAUGGUUUAAAGUGUUGAAUCUUCUAUGAAUUGGGUUCAGGUCAUGAGAUCUGAACCUGAACUAGCUGUGCCUUCUGCAGUGGAAUGGACGAUGUUAAUCUAUCUGGCACCUUAUACGUCUUCUGUUCUGCCCCAAAUACAAAGAACUGCUGUUUUAUAUUACAUUCUUCUAAUUCGCAAAGCAGGAUGACAUUUGGUAGCAUGGCUCUGAUAAUUUGCUUUGUAAGUAUUUUUUACCACAGUAAGUUAAUUCCUGGACACCAGCUCUUGUUGCCGUGACGUUGAUGAUCUUCCUCUGAUGCUUGGGGGGGGGGUUGUUACGUAAGUUACCUCUGAAGUAAAUGGACGUAUGGCUCACUGUGUAAUUCUCCAUGCUUAAAUUGAGCUUUUUGGAUAGUAUGGGGUGAUAACUGCCACAUUUCAGAUAUACAGCGUACACAGAGUUAUUACGUCCAGAGAUUGUAUGAAUAUUACUGAGCUGUGAAGUAAAUGAAUGAGGUCAGAAGAACCAGUCUGGACUCUUUCUGUGUACUUGUUUGUUUUUUUCCAAGUCAUAUAUUUUCUUUUAAACUGAGCUGAUUUUCUUUAAUAACAUUAUGAGUAAUUGAAAUUUCAAAAGAAAUGUAUUUCAUUUACAUUUUAGUAAAAGUAAUUUGAUCACAAGCCUGAUUUGCACAGUUAUCGGGAUCACAUUGAUUUACUUUUCGAUUUUUUGGACUGGGAAUACUACUAGUGUAUUGUGCUAGGUUUUUAAUUUAUUUAAUCUUUUUUUUUUUUUUUUUCAUAACUGGUAAAUGAUACCACUGGAUAUUUUUUAUUGUACAGAAUGAAAUGCAUUUUCAAUUAAAGUUAAUUCAAAAUCA